AUUUUAACGGUUUAAGACCACCGAACUCAUAAUUCAGGUAGGACUAUAGAAGGUCUGUGCCUGUAUUUAUUGAUUACUGCCUAAGGUAGUCAGUUGUGAACGCGGAGAACGUGUUCAGCCACUGAGUACAACUAGUGCUAGGUGCAUAACACGCGUCCCGACGCCAAAUCGUCGUGACUCGUGACCUGUUCUGCUGCUGUCACCCAUUCGUUUCUCGUCGCGUCCGCCUUUCGGAUCUUUCGGUUCCGAUUAAUUUUGCGUCCUCUUCCAUUUCUGUCGUCAUGAUGCGCCGGCGGUUAAGUUUCAUCGGUGGUGGAGAGUGUUGCGACCCAGGUGCACUCACUGAGAGCAUUGUCGAGUCUGACAUCCAGCGACAGAUACGUGACAGGUUUGACAACGAAUGCCCAUACUCAUUGACCAGGAAGUCUGUGCGGAACAGCCCCCGAGCGCGGAACUGCAACUCGCAAGUAUGGCAGGUGGCUGUCAACACAGUGGCCAAAAAGCGCGACACACUCAGGCGCAGUGUCAGCUCGGUGUUCAGGUCAAUGAAUAACCUCAGGACCGGAUUCAAAGUAGCUGCACAGAAAUUACGGCCAUCAACUAGACGUCGUUUUAAAUUGGAUGAGUCACCUCUGACUCCCAACACGCCCAGAACCAGGUCUAAGUGUUUGUUGGGCAGAACACCCACCAAGAUGUACAGUCCUUUUGCCAUUGAUACUCCACCAUCAUUGCGUAGGCGAUUUGCUUACAGAAGAAAUCAAAAUAUUGACACUGAAAGUAACAAAUCAGUGAAUGGGAAAAGUGAAUCUAACAGUUAUGAAACAACAAAUAAUGAAAAUAAGCACCCAACAAUCAAUUCAAAUAAAGAAGAUGAAAAUUAUGGAAGCUUAAUAUAAGUAUUAAUCCCUAAGAGAGUACUACCCAUUAUUGUAUUUUUUUGCAGGAAACUAGAUAUUAAAAGUAUACUGAAUGUAUACUGGCUACGUUGUUUUUGCAUAACACAUUUUACGUAUUAUUUUUGUACUAUCUAUUUUAAUUUUGAAAUAUUUGAAUUAAUGUUCCUUUCCAAUAUAAUUAGAAAACAUGGCAAUUAUAUUUUCUUUUUAAUCAUAAUCAUAUAAUUUAUUUGUUACAAAUAUUUAAUAUUAUAGUUUUUUUCUUUUUUGGUAACUAAUAAAUAUUCUGACAAAUUA